AUGGCGGGGUUACUAGCCUGGGCGGCGGACGUAGUUGGAGCCGGCGGACAGCACAACGGCGAAGACGACGACCCCGAUUCAAUUCCCUUGAUUUUCACACCGGAACAACUGGUUUAUGCUCAGGAGUUGGAUCGAAAAGCCGCGUCUCUGAACCGAUCGAUCCAAGAUCUGCGGCUUAGAUUGCCUCCUCCGGACCUAUCUCAGCGAUUGCCCCACCUUCACGCUCACUCCCUUGCUUCUAACGCCGCUCUCGCCCUCCAAUUGAACGCCCACUCAGCCACCAAAGAACAGGUACAAUCAAGAGAAAUUAGAUUGCAAGAAGAGAAUGGAGAGUAUGAGAAGGUCAUAUCGAGUUGCGAGAUUAAAGUACGGGAGAAGUUGGAGGAAGCCAACAUGCUUCAAAAUAAGCUCAAGGAAUUGGAUGUUGCUGAAAAGAACCUGGAACUUGAGUUAGAAAGUGCGCAAGCUGCACUUGCUUCUGAUCAGUCUGAGCGGUUGGCAAAUUUAUCAAUUGAAGUUGAAGCCAUCGAUGAGGCUAAUGAAGCUGCAGAAGAUGCAAAGUCUGCCAUUAUGUAUAAAUUAGAGACUAAGAGACAAGAACUUGCUUCCAUUGAAGAAAUUGUGCAAAACUUGGAAAAGCAAUGGGCUCAGGUUCAAGAUGAUGCAAUGAAGAAACCUUCUCCAGCUCAGAGGGAAAAAAUAUUGGACAAACAGCUUCAUAGCCUUAUCGAGCAGCUUGAAGUGAAACAGAUUCAAGCUGAACGCCUUGUCAAUGAAAUUCAUCUGAAAGAAACAGAGUUAGAAAGGCUAAAUGGGUUGUCAAAGAGCCUCGAGUCCAGCACCACCGAUGUAAAUAUAGCAAGAAAUAGAUACCGGAGAACUGCUUCCAUGAAAGGACAUGCCUCUUCAGAUUUCGAUUCCCAAAACAAAGCUGGCCGAACAGAGUCUUUGCAGAGACUAAUGCUGCUCAGAUCGGCGUUUGUGGUCUAUAUCUUAGCACUGCACAUCUUGGUUUUCAUCAAGAUUUCGUUCUAA